CACCCUCUCGUUGACAUUUCACGGAGUUAUUCAAUAACAUUUAUUGGUUCCAUGCGAUGAAGUUCGGAGCAGGAUUUUAGAUAAAAGGCGUAAAGUUUUGGACCUACAGAUUCGGCACUUGGCACGGGGAGGAUGUCUCAGAUGCUGAGGCUGCUCUCGGCGGUUGCCUUGCCUCUCUGCCGGCCUGGAGGUGCCCGGGCUCGGCUCUCUGCGGUGACCGCAGAACGGCUCUUCUCCGCCGGAUGUCGAAGCUCCUCUGCACCGAACGUCUCUCGGACUCCAUCGAACCUUCUGACCGGUCGUCUGUUUCAGUCAUUUCAGCGGCGACUCUUCUCUGCUGAACCGAAAGAUGGCAAAGGAGGCGGAGCUUCAGGAGGUGGGAAGAGAGGUGGAAAAGACUGGUGGAGCCGAAUGCAAAAGGGAGACUUCCCCUGGGACGAGAAGGACUUCCGGUACCUGGCCAUCGCGGCGGCCGGAGUCGGUUCGGUUCUGCUGUUCCUCUACUUCAGAGACACCGGCCGGGAGAUCAGCUGGAAGGAGUUUGUGCACGGCUACGUGAGCAGAGGAAUGGUGGAGCGGCUGGAAGUCGUUAACAAGCAGUACGUCCGAGUCAUCUUGGUGCCGGGGGCCGACGCCGACACGAACUACGCUUGGUUCAACAUCGGCAGCGUCGACACCUUCGAGAGGAACCUGGAGGUGGCGACAAUGGAGCUCGGAUUGGAGCCGUCGCGCCGCCCCGCCGUCGUUUACAGCACAGAGAGCGACGGCUCUUUCCUGAUGAGCAUGAUUCCCACCGUGCUGCUCAUUGGCUUCCUGCUCUUCACCCUGCGGCGGGGGCCGAUGGGCGGGGGCCCCGGCGGCGGGAAGGGGGGGCCUUUCAGCAUGAGCGAGUCUACCGCCAAGAUGAUGAAGGACAACAUUGAUGUGAAGUUCAAGGACGUGGCCGGCUGCGAGGAGGCCAAGCUGGAGAUCCUGGAGUUUGUCAACUUCCUUAAGAACCCAAAGCAGUACCAGGACCUGGGGGCCAAGAUCCCCAAGGGGGCCGUGCUGUCGGGGCCCCCCGGGACUGGGAAGACGCUGCUCGCCAAAGCCACUGCCGGAGAGGCUAACGUCCCGUUCAUCACAGUCAACGGCUCCGAGUUCCUGGAGAUGUUUGUGGGAGUCGGCCCUGCCAGGGUGAGGGACAUGUUUGCCAUGGCGAGGAAGAACGCCCCCUGCAUCCUCUUCAUCGAUGAGAUCGACGCCGUGGGCAGGAAGAGGGGCGGCGGGAACUUCGGCGGUCAGAGUGAGCAGGAGAACACGCUGAACCAGCUGCUUGUGGAGAUGGACGGUUUCAACACUGCAACGAACGUGGUGGUUUUAGCCGGAACCAACAGGCCCGACAUCCUGGACCCGGCACUGAUGAGACCGGGUCGCUUCGACCGACAGAUCUACAUCGGUCCUCCGGACAUCAAAGGCAGAGCCUCAAUCUUUAAGGUCCACCUGCGUCCCAUCAAGCUGGACCCCAACAUGGACAAAGACCACCUCGCCAGGAAGAUGGCCGCCGCCACGCCGGGCUUCACCGGAGCCGACAUCGCUAAUGUCUGCAACGAGGCGGCGCUCAUCGCCGCUCGCCACCUCAACGCCUCGGUCAACGGGAAGCACUUCGAGCAGGCGAUCGACCGUGUGAUCGGAGGUCUGGAGAAGAAGACUCAGGUGCUGCAGCCCGGCGAGAAGAAGACCGUUGCGUAUCACGAGGCGGGGCACGCCAUCGUGGGCUGGUUCCUGCAGCACGCCGACCCGCUGCUGAAGGUGUCCAUCAUACCCCGGGGGAAGGGGCUGGGCUACGCUCAGUACCUCCCCAGGGAGCAGUACCUGUACAGCAAGGAGCAGCUGUUCGACCGGAUGUGCAUGAUGCUGGGGGGCCGCGUGGCUGAGCAAGUCUUCUUUGAGCGGAUCACCACCGGCGCUCAGGACGACCUGAAGAAGGUCACGCAGUCCGCCUACGCGCAGGUGGUCCAGUUCGGGAUGAGCGACAGAGUGGGUCAGGUGUCCUUCGACCUGCCGCGGCAGGGUGAGAUGGUCCUGGAGAAGCCGUACAGCGAGGCCACGGCCGAGCUCAUCGACUCAGAGGUUCGAGCGCUGGUGGACCGGGCGUACCAGCGGACGCUGGAGCUCAUCCAGGAGAAGAAGGAGCUGGUGGAGCUGGUGGGGAAGCGCCUCCUGGACAAGGAGGUGCUGGACAAGGCAGACAUGCUGGAGCUGCUCGGCCCGCGGCCCUUCGAGGAGAAGUCCACCUACGAGGAGUUUGUUGAGGGGACGGGGAGCUUCGAGGAGGACACCAGCCUUCCCGAGGGUCUCCGGGACUGGAACAAGGAGAGAGGGGAGGAGGCGGAGGAGGCAGGAGGAGGCAGCGAGGAGACCACUGGCCCCCCUCAGAACAAACAGCAGGUGGUGUAAAGGUGGGAAAGAAAGUCAGAAGAAACAAACUCUUCCAUCCCAGCUGUAAGAACAACAGGCAGCUGACUUCUCUCAAAGGUCAACAGGGAUUUAUUCGGUUCAUCUGCCAGCGGAGGAGGGAAAGUCAGUCAAACAGAUGAUUCAUUAAAGUCCUUGAAUCAAUCAAGUGGCCAGCAGGUCAGAUGUAGGCUUUUUAUUUUCUCGGAGGAUCAGACAGGAAGUGACUCGGAUUGAGGAUCCAGGAGAUGGUUUUUAGUGUAAAUGAUGCUCAUUAUUUGUAUUUAUUGCAUAAAGAGUUUUACUCCCCGGCUGACGAGAGCUUUCCUGCAGAAAAAUGUAGAAUAUUUUACAGGUUUGAAUAUUUUCAGGAUUGGUGUGAAAUGUUUUUUUUUUUUUUUUUUUUUACGACAUUGAACUUGUGAAUGAUAAAUCCGCAGCGACCUUCUGUUUGAGUUCCUUUUGAUUGUAAAGAUCGAAACACCAACUAUGACUAUUUGAGUUCUUCCUGAAAGGUUUCUGCUAAUUUUAAAGGAGAAAUGUUCAGUUUUAAAUAGUCUCCGAAGAAAAGAACAAACGAGAUGAUCAGACCGAUUAUUGUGGUUAUUUUAAAUAUUACAAACUUUCUAUUUGGCGACAUUCUGCUUCAAUGGAAAUCUCUCAAAUAAAAGUAAAUUGUCUUUUGUAAUAUACACUUAAUGUUUGGUCCGUUUUUAAGCUGCUUUCUGAAACAUUAAGACGUUUAAAUACAAGCUGUGCUGCAUGAAUUAUGACAUUAAAUGUUUAAUGUGCAGGACGCAGCUAGUUUAAUAUUUUGCACACAGAUUUCUGUGAAUCUAAGAUCACAAAUGUAUAACAGGGAAAUUUAUUUUGACCCCGUUGUCACUAUUGACAUAUUAGUUUGAUAUAUCAAUGCUGCGUCCAUUAAGUCAAUUAUAUCAUCUGAUUAUUUUUUUUUAAAAAGCACUUAAUCAAAUAAAAAGGUUAUACCUCACACUUGAACUUUAGCUAAAGUAAUACAUGUAUUAAAGCGGCUGAUGUGAAGUCAUGAAACAAAGAGCUAAAUAAAGAUCCUUUAUCAAAAUA